CGAACCAUCACCUAACCCCUCAACUACAAUACCAUCAACAUGAAGGGUAAGCACUUGCCCCAUACGAACAGCUACAUGCGCUUCAGCCUGCCCCAGUCCCGGCCUUGCCCAGCGAUCUGCUAUACUCGAGGCUGGCUGGCGGCAGGCGCAUUAUGUGGUCGGCAGUGACGCAGACUUGCUAACUUGCUUGAACAGCCAUUAUUCUCGUCGGCGGCUUCGGCACUCGUCUUCGCCCUCUGACCCUCACCCUCCCCAAGCCCCUGGUCGAGUUCGCGAACAAGCCCAUGAUUGAGCACCAGAUCGAGGCUCUUGCUGCUGCUGGCGUCACCGAUGUUGUCCUCGCCGUCAACUACCGCCCCGAGGUUAUGGAGAAGCACUUGGCUGAGUACGAGAAGAGGUUUGGCUUGAACAUCACCUUCUCCGUCGAGACCGAGCCCCUCGAUACCGCUGGUCCCUUGAAGCUGGCCGAGAGCAUCCUUGCCAAGGACGACACCCCCUUCUUCGUCUUGAACUCGGAUGUCAUCUGCGACUUCCCCUUCAAGGACUUGGCCGAGUUCCACAAGAACCACGGCGAUGAGGGCACCAUUGUGGUCACCAAGGUCGAGGAGCCUAGCAAGUACGGUGUCGUUGUCCACAAGCCUAAUCACCCCACCAAGAUCGACCGCUUCGUCGAGAAGCCCGUCGAGUUUGUCGGCAACCGUAUCAACGCUGGCAUGUACAUUCUCAACACCAGCGUUCUCAAGCGCAUUGAGCUUCGCCCCACCUCGAUCGAGAAGGAGACCUUCCCCGCCAUCGUCAAGGAUGGUCAACUGCACAGCUUUGAUCUCCCCGGCUUCUGGAUGGACGUUGGUCAGCCCAAGGACUUCCUUACCGGCACCUGCUUGUACCUCACUUCUCUCACUAAACAGGGUUCCAAGGAGCUUGCCUCCCCUUCAGAGCCUUACGUCCACGGCGGCAACGUUCUGAUUGAUCCCUCUGCCAAGAUUGGCAAGCACUGCAAGAUUGGACCCAACGUGACGGUCGGCCCUAACGUCGUCAUUGGCGACGGCUGCCGUCUUCAGCGCUGCGUCCUGCUGCCCGGUUCCAAGGUAAAGGAUCAUGCGUGGGUUAAGAGCACCAUUGUCGGCUGGAACAGCACUGUUGGCAAGUGGGCUCGUCUCGAGAACGUCACUGUCCUCGGCGACGACGUGACGAUUGGUGACGAGAUCUACGUCAACGGCGGCAGCAUCCUCCCCCACAAGAGCAUCAAGGCCAACGUCGACAUUCCCGCCAUCAUCAUGUAAAAUCAAACCGAACCACCGAAAAAACACUAUACCCGGGCCUGGACGAACACUCUGAGGGUCCGCGCUCUUCACACUUCUUGUCUGCACGCCUGUUCUUAUCGACUUUCUAAUUUUAAGUUGCGAUACGAU